AUGAGCUCUGUGUGCAAUGCUCCUACUUGGAUCCGAAUUGGGGUGGUUCGUGUGGUGACAAAACCGUCUCCUAUAGGUCCUCCGUCGAUGGUCCUAAUGCUGAGUACACUGUGCAGAGGAGAUGCAGGUCAGUCCAAAUGGCCAGUUUUGUUCCCCGAGUGUGGUGGUUCUUCUCAGUCCCCCAUCAAUGUGGACACUUCCAAAACUUGGUAUGACCCAUCCCUUCCUGAGUUACGGCCACUAGGAUAUGCACAGUACGGCCAUGAACCGUUCACAAUCUCCAACAAUGGCCAUACAGUGGAGAUCCCAUUGCCAAGUUGGAUGGGUUUGGCUGGUUUGCCAUGGCAGUUUAGUGCUGUUCAGCUUCACCUGCACUGGGGAAAUGGAGUGGGUGUGUCUACAGGAAGUGAGCAUAGCAUUGAUGAACAGAGUGCUUCUGCAGAGCUCCAUGUAGUCCACUAUAAUUCCGAGUUGUAUUCUAAUAUUUCUGAAGCUAAAACCCAAGAAAAUGGCCUGGCUGUUCUUGCAGUGCUUAUAGAGGCAAGAGAGGAAACCAAUCAAGCAUAUGCUAACAUCUUGAACUACCUGGGCCGCAUCAGGCAUGCAGGUCAGAGGGUGUUUAUCCCAGCAUUUGAUGUGAGGACCCUGCUCCCCAGAGACCUCAGCCAUUAUUUCCGCUACAGUGGCUCACUCACCACACCUCCAUGCCACCAGAGUGUGCUGUGGACUGUCUUUGUUGAGAAGGUCAAGAUCUCUCACUCCCAGUUGCUGAAGUUGGAGACAGUGCUGUACUCCAGCAGACCUGGCUCUGCCAUCCCUAAGCCACUACAGGACAAUUAUCGCACCACACAACCAUUCAACAACAGGACAGUGCUUUCCUCUUUCGUCCCUGUUUCUGCAAAUAUCUACACAGCUGGUGAAAUCUCAGCCAUUGUGGUGGGCUGUCUGUGUGGCUGUGUAGGCUUGGCCGUAAUUGUUCACUUUAUCGUAAAGACAAUUCGCUCAAUGUCAAGUUGGAACGUCCUGUCCAGUGUCCAACCACCUCCCCAGCACAGUGUGAGAAGCACAAUUCCACCCCAAGCGGUCCAACAGAGAACGGAAGAGUAUGUGCAAACACAGUUCAACACUCAAAGCUUAGCUCCACUGCACAAUGGACUCUUGCACCAUGGAGAAAAUCCCACUCUGAAGACAUCACCCAUGGCUGCAGGAGAAACACCCACACACAACAUCUUCACGCCCUCAGUGGUGAAGCACGCACAUAUGGCUCAUCACACACCUUCUCCAAGCCCACCGGAUAACCAGCAAAGACAAUACAAUCAGCAUCCCCCUCAUCAUGUUACUGUCCCACCAAUGAUAGACUUUGCCAAGUUCCUCGCACGCAGAGAGUUGGUGACUACAGGUCUCUCAAAAUUUGAUGAUACACCAGAAAGCUUCAGAGCAUGGCAGUCAUCAUUUCUCAAUGCCACACAGGACGUAGGGCUCACAUACGGUGAACAGUUGGAUCUCCUAGUCAAGUGGCUCGGCAAAGAGUCUUCCGAGCACAUCAAGAGAAUCUGUGCUGCUCAUGCCAUCAGCCCUCGAGCUAUCCUGGGACAGACUUGA